AAAUUUUUGGGUAUAAAAGAUGAAAAACGUGAGCGAAAAAAAGUGAGCAUGCUAGAGAGCAGUGAUUCCGAUUCAUUCAUUCGUUCAAUUUCGAAGACUCCGCAUCCGACAGCAUCAAGCUCAGGGUCCCCAGAGAGUCUCGUUUUUAUCUCGUGAUAAAUGCUGUUCCGAUUAUAUAUACUUUUUUUAAUUCUAUAAAAUUUAAUUUCAGUCUCACAGAAUUUGGGUGUGGUUAAGAUUCUGGUUUAGGUCUUAGUAGCGGCAAAAAGAAUGAAUAAUCAAGCAAAGAAUGUUGGUGCAUCAUCGUUGUUUGGUCAUUCUGGAAUGACCCCACAACCACAUCACCCUAAUCCCAUUCAGCAGUGGAACCACCCAACCCCUUUGUUCUCUCAAUCACAGUCAAAGUCACAGUCACACCCUCACACCCAAAUCCCUGGUCUGUUUCAGUUUUCAGAGCCCCAAUCCCAUGUGCUAGCACAAGCACAAGCCCAGUAUGCACAGGCACAAUUGCAGUCUCAUGCUGCACGGGCUCAUCCUCAACCUCAAACUCAGCCUUUUGCUCACUUGCAUAAUGUAAAUACUAAUACUGCUAAUGGUACAUCAACACCGCCGACUGGAAGUGCUAGGCGAGCAACCCUGAAACCCUCGACUAGGCCUCAUAAUUCGUCGAGUAUGAACCAGUCCACGCUGUUUAGGACCAUGGAAUUAACCCCGGCUACUCGGCAAAAGAAGCAAACACCAGAAAAGGUGGCGGCAGUUUUGCCUGAGUCUGCUUUUUAUACUCGAUUGCUUGAUUUUGAGGCUCAGGUAGAUGCUGCUUUGGCCAGGAAAAAGGUUGAUUUACAGGAGGCUAGGCUCCCGCACCAUGUUCUGAGAACUCUUCGUGUUUAUGUGUUUAACACCUUCUCAAAUGUUGCAAAAAUUGCUUCUGAGAAUAAAGCUGAUGAAUCUUCAUGGUCUCUCAAGUUAACUGGAAGGAUAUUGGAAGAUGGUAUGGAUUCCUUGUCUGGAAUUUCACAAAGAUCAAGUCCUUCAUACCCGAAGUUCUCUGCAUUUUUCAAGAAAAUUACCAUACGCUUGGAUCAAAGCCUUUAUCCUGAUAAUCAUGUCAUUGUAUGGGACAGUGCUCGUUCAGCUGCCCAGCAGGAUGGUUUUGAGGUGAAGAGGAAAGGAAACAAAGAAUUCACUGCAGUGAUUGUAGUAGAAAUGAAUUAUACACCCGAGAAGUUUAUGGUUUCACCACAACUGUCUAAACUUUUAGGGAUCGAGGUUGAGACCCGCCCAAGAAUAAUAGCUUCUCUUUUUAACUACAUGAAGUCCAGGAAGCUACAGAGCCCUAAUGACCCUUCAUUAUUCAUAUGUGAUCCUUCUCUUCAAAGGGUGUUUGGGGAAGAGAAGAUGGAUUUCACCAAGAUUUCUCACAAGUUAUCACAACAUUUGUCACAACCACAGCCUAUACAUUUGGAGCAUAGCAUCAAGCUUUCUGGACACUCUCCAGCUGUAUCUGCAUGUUACGAUAUACUAGUUGAUGUGCCUUUUCCGAUGGAAAAGGAUAAGUCUACAUUCUUGGCAAGCCUUGAGAGUCAAAAAGAGAUUGAAGCUUAUGAUGAGGCAAUUUGCACUUCCUUAAAGAAUAUCCAGGAGCAUCAUAGAAGACGAGCUUUCUUUCUCAGCUUUAGUCAGUCUCCAGCAGAGUUUAUUAAUACUUUGAUUGCUUCUCAGAGCAAAGAUCAAAAACUUGUUGCGGGAGAUGCCAGCUAUAAUGUUGAAAAGGAACUGUGCACUGAAUUCUACAAUAAACCAUGGGUUGAGGACGCAGUUAUUCGUUACUUAAACCGCAAAACUGCUGGAAGUGAUGCUCCUGGACGCCACUAAGAAAACAUUGUAGAGGUGGAGUUUCUGCUUUUAUGUUCUAACAACUCUAUAUAUACUUUCUUUUCAUAUUCUUUGUUAGGGAAUAUAGUUCGAGCAUCGAAGAUGAGGAGUAGAAGAAAGGAAAGAAUGUAGGAAAAAUGUCGAUGCUUUUUAGAUAGUGAAAAUCAAUGUGAGUGUGAUCAGAAAUUCUGUACAGAAUUUCAGAAUAUAUAUAAUAUAUAGAUCCAUGUAUUUUGGUUGCCCCUGGCUCA